AUGCCUAGAAAUGGUGAGAGCAGAGGAGUAUUGGUAACACCACAGCUGGCUUUAGUACCACGCCCACCCACGCCAACAGCCCCGUGGCCAGACGCCCACCCACGCCAACAGCCCCGUGGCCAGACGCCCACCGACGCCAACAGCCUGGUGUCCAGACGCCAACAGCCUGGUGUCCAGACGCCAACAGCCUGGUGUCCAGACGCCAACAGCCUGGUGUCCAGCCGCCAACAGCCCCGUGGCCAAACGCCCACCGACGCCAACAGCCUGGUGUCCAGACGCCCACCGACGCCAACAGCCUGGUGUCCAGACGCCAACAGCCCCGUGGCCAGAGGCCAACAGCCCCGUGGCCAGACGCCCACCGACGCCAACAGUCUGGUGUCCAGACGCCAACAGCCCCGUGGCCAGACGCCCACCGACGCCAACAGUCUGGUGUCCAGACGCCAACAGCCCCGUGGUGUCCAGACGCCCACCGACGCCAACAGCCUGGUGUCCAGACGCCAACAGCCUGGUGUCCAGACGCCAACAGCCCCGUGGAGAGACGCCCACCGACGCCAACAGUCCUGGUGUCCAGACGCCAACAGCCCCGUGGCCAGACGCCCACCGACGCCAACAGCCUGGUGUCCAGACGCCAACAGCCCCGUGGAAAGACGCCCACGGACGCCAACAGCCUGGUGUCCAGACGCCAACAGCCCCGUGGCCAGACGCCCACCGACGCCAACAGCCUGGUGUCCAGACGCCAACAGCCUGGUGUCCAGACGCCAACAGCCCCGUGGCCAGACGCCCACCGACGCCAACAGCCUGGUGUCCAGACGCCAACAGCCCCGUGGCCAGACGCCCACCGACGCCAACAGUCUGGUGUCCAGACGCCAACAGCCCCGUGGCCAGACGCCCACCGACGCCAACAGCCUGGUGUCCAGACGCCAACAGCCCCGUGGCCAGACGCCCACCGACGCCAACAGCCUGGUGUCCAGACGCCAACAGCCUGGUGUCCAGACGCCAACAGCCCCGUGGCCAGACGCCCACCGACGCCAACAGCCUGGUGUCCAGACGCCAACAGCCCCGUGGCCAGAGGCCAACAGCCCCGUGGCCAGACGCCCACCGACGCCAACAGUCUGGUGUCCAGACGCCAACAGCCCCGUGGCCAGACGCCCACCGACGCCAACAGUCUGGUGUCCAGACGCCAACAGCCCCGUGGCCAGACGCCCACCGACGCCAACAGCCUGGUGUCCAGACGCCAACAGCCUGGUGUCCAGACGCCAACAGCCCCGUGGCCAGACGCCCACCGACGCCAACAGCCUGGUGUCCAGACGCCAACAGCCCCGUGGCCAGACGCCCACCGACGCCAACAGCCUGGUGUCCAGACGCCAACAGCCUGGUGUCCAGACGCCAACAGCCCCGUGGCCAGACGCCCACCGACGCCAACAGCCUGGUGUCCAGACGCCAACAGCCCCGUGGCCAGACGCCCACCGACGCCAACAGCCUGGUGUCCAGACGCCAACAGCCUGGUGUCCAGACGCCAACAGCCCCGUGGCCAGACGCCCACCGACGCCAACAGCCUGGUGUCCAGACGCCAACAGCCCCGUGGCCAGACGCCCACCGACGCCAACAGCCUCGUGGCCCGACGCCCACCGACGCCAACAGCCUGGUGUCCAGACGCCAACAGCCUCGUGGCCAGACGCCCACGGACGCCAACAGCCCCGUGGCCAGACGCCCACCGACGCCAACAGCCUGGUGUCCAGACGCCAACAGCCCCAUGGCCAGACGCCCACCGACGCCAACAGCCUGGUGUCCAGACGCCAACAGCCUCGUGGCCAGACGCCAACAGCCUCGUGGCCAGACGCCCACGGACGCCAACAGCCUCGUGGCCAGACGCCAACAGCCUCGUGGCCAGACGCCCACCGACGCCAACAGCCUGGUGUCCAGACGCCAACAGCCUCGUGGCCAGACGCCAACAGCCCCGUGGCCAGACGCCCACGGACGCCAACAGCCUCGUGGCCAGACGCCAACAGCCCCGUGGCCAGACGCCCACCGACGCCAACAGCCUGGUGUCCAGACGCCAACAGCCUCGUGGCCAGACGCCCACGGACGCCAACAGCCCCGUGGCCAGACGCCCACGGACGCCAACAGUCUGGUGGCCAGACGCCAACAGCCCCGUGGCCAGACGCCCACGGACGCCAACAGCCCCGUGGCCAGACGCCCACGGACGCCAACAGCCUGGUGUCCAGACGCCAACAGCCCCGUGGAAAGACGCCCACGGACGCCAACAGCCUAGAUCAUGGCCAACGAGAGUUGACUCAUGAUCUUGACGUGUCCGAUACCAUGAACGAGACAACUACAACAUCAGCUAAGAAAAUCUAA